AUGGACACUGAUUCAAACACGGGCACACAUGGCGAAUUGGCAGCACUCAGUGAAAUUGGUCGCUUUGUCGCCCUAAAGUCUGAAGAAAAGUAUGAAACUGGGCAAUUCUUUUUGCAUCGCGUCUUUGGCUACCGUGGCGUGACUCUCUUCCCCUGGACUGCUAAAGUGUACGACCGCGAUGCUCGCAAGAAGCAGACCACUCAAAAGUCCAGUGAUGAACACAAUGAGUUCAAAAUGAAUGGCGUCACUCCUCAGCCCCACACCUAUUAUCAGGUGCUCAUUGACCAGCGUGAUUGCCCCUACGUGAAAGCUCAAACUGAAGCAGUGACGUUUCUCGGCAAUCAAGACAACACUCGAGCUUUGUACGCCAUCCCAGGCCUCGACUAUGUGGCUCACGAGGAUGUCAUUCCGUACACCAGCACGGAAAGCACCCCGAUCCAGCACCAGCUGUUUAACAAGUUUCUGACAUUCGAGCCAGACAAAGACCCUCCCUUUGCUCCCAGGGAGACUUUGCUCGCCUGGCAGGAGAAGAAUCAUCCCUGGCUGGAGCUGUCUGAUGUGCACCGGGAGACAACUGAAAACAUUCGAGUCACGGUUAUUCCCUUUUAUAUGGGCUGCCGUCUUUCGCAGAACAACAACGUCUACUGGUGGCGAUACUGUGUUCGCAUUGAAAACUUGGGCGAGACGUCCGUUCAAUUACGCGAACGCCACUGGCAAAUUUACAGUAUUCCGGGCAUUCUUGAGUCCAUCAGAGGCCGCGGCGUCGUGGGAGAAGAGCCGAUUCUAUCAAAGACGUAUCCGGCCUUCCAGUACAGCAGCCAUGUUAGUCUGCAGGAUCCUAGCGGUCACAUGUGGGGCAUAUUUAAGAUGGAGCGAGAGGACGGCACCGUCUUUGACUGCAAGAUACCCGCAUUUGCGCUGGACAGCAAGCAGAAUAGCACUGCCAGCAGCGGCAGCAAGCCAUCAGGAGGUGGUGGAGGCGACGACGUCGACGGCAAGCCCUCGCUGUAA